AUACAUCACGGAAACGAUGCGAAAGAAGGUCACUUCAACUGCAUGGUUUCAAGACGGAAGCAGUGGUAUAUCAUUGAUGAUAACCUUGUGGAGGCAAGACAGAUGCGUGAGACAGAGUUGUAUAGUGACGUGUAUAUGUUGUUCUACAGCAAAGCAGGUGCCGUUUUUAACUCUCGAGUAAUAAAGAGAACGAUCGACCCGGAGUCUUAGGGCUCCACAGAGUUUCGCACUCAUAAUAGUCUGCUGCAAGGAAGAUUGAUAACAGCACAUGUAUUCAAAAGCUUUUAUAGUGUGCCCUAUACGCAUAAAAAACUGACAGAACUACGGAUGGUUAAAGACAAAAUGAAGCAAAACUACAUAAUGAGUGCGAAGCCCUUGGAUUCGUGAGGCUCCGUAUAUAUGUACUUAUUGGCACCUAUAUUACUCAUACUAGUAGACUAUAGCAUGCAGCUAUCUGCUGUGACUUCCGUGGCUGGUCAGCUCUAGAGUUCUCCUGUUUAUAGUUGCAUAAAGCGUGCAAUCACGUGAAACAUCUGAUUUCUUUAAUGGAAACUAGAUUAUUUUUUUCUUCAUUUUUCAUGCUUAUAGAUUGUUCAGACGUGGAAGAAAUAAUUAUAGAUGAAUUAUGUAUGUCAAGUGAAGGUAACAUUGUCAUUGUUAUAUACUUACUGUACUAGACUUGCACUACCAAACUAAGAAGAUGGGGCACAAAAAUUCGCUACCUGUAUAUAUACGUUUAUGCACGAUAACAAGGCUCGCAUGGACCCGUAUUUCGUAGCAAGAUAUGCAGUUUUUGAAGCAGCAUUGGCUAGCUGUUGAACGGCGAAAGAUGUUUGUCUGGUGUUUGAAUCGAAUAACCUUUUUACUGUCUAACAUCCCUUAUAGACGAAGAUGAUUAUGUUAAUGAUGAUAGACAGGAAACAAAAUUAUCCAAUGACGUCUAUUCAUGCACGUUGGGAGAAGAGGUUUGGUAUUUACUUAUUAUAUAGUUUGAAUUGCUUAUAAUUUUAUAUACAAUUUUUUAAACAUGACCAUGUAGUAAUGUACAACUUAUAUCAUUCUAUCAAUUAAGGUAAAGACUUAUUGGGAACUUGGAUCGGGAUUGCAGCUAAACCACGUAAUUUCACGCAUCGACGGAAUUUCAUUGACGAAUUAUGACAUAAAGCUGCUUGACCAAACACCUACUGAGCAGGAGAGAAUACUACUACAACGAUUCGCGGCCCAGAAUGGAAAAACCUACAACGAAGGUUGGCUUAACGAUAAGGACCUUCAUGCAAACGUUCGUGGAAAUAUAUGUAAUAUAUUUAAUAUUAUUCAUUUAAUAAUUAUUAAAGACGACGAUGCAUGAUGAUCCGGACUUACGGAUUGAUAGCUUUGCCAAAAAAGAACCUUGCAUGGAGUGUUUGACUUGUCUCAACGAUGAAUAUUCUUUGAUGGUUUAAACGCUGUUUCUCUAACAUUAUAUAAAACGACCACAAUUUCAUGAGGGUUUGUACAUGCCUGGAUGGAGUAUAGUUGUUUUGUGAUAAAAUACUUUUGGAUCAGUUCAGUGACAGAAGAAUGCCAUCCUUUUGAUUAACGAACAACUUAUCUCGAUUUACUCCGUGUAUUAAUAUGGAAAGGCCCUCAGUGGUCCUCAAUAGAACAGUUUAGGUAGAGUUCUAUUAUUAUCUACAAAUCUAGAAUUAAUAAAUUAAAUUAGCUUGUUCGUGGUUGGCCUUCAUAUACAGUAACAUGUAGAUCUUUUGUUCAACAUAAUAGAUAAUAAACAGCUUUCUGGCUGAUAUAAAAAGGAGAUCGCAAAUACUGGUAAGUUAGCCUAAAUGGCUUGUUAUCCGCUAAUAUAAUCAAAUUAAACUGAUAGCAAUUAUGUAAAAUAGACAAUUACAAUAUAUCAAUAAUAUUUAACGUUAUUUUGAAUAUUAUAUGUUAGGGAAAAAUUCAAGUAGAGGUCAUGGGUAGUUUCAUGUACACUAAAAUGUGUCAAUAUGGCAUCCAUUCCAUAAUCAAAUGGCUUCAGUUGAAGGUAAAAUAUGGCCAACAAUUAAGGUGGAUUUUCAAAACUUUCUACGACUAAAUGUAUUACAGUAAAUUCCAAGAGGUGUACAACAAUCUCGUUUUUGUGUCUGUUUUCUCCUUUUCAUUAGGUACCUUUCUUUGAGACCGACCUGUGUUUUAUACCAAUUAACCGCGAGAAUAACCAUUGGUGUCUUGGUGUAAGAUUUUUAUUUAACGACUUCAAUUUCAAAUCAUCUCAUUAAGUCUGUUUGUAUGGAUGAGCUUACUUAACAUCAAUAAACUAUUUUUCAUAUGCGUUCUCACAGGUUGUGGACUUCAGGACAUGGACCAUAAUAUUUUAUGACCCAUUGUUGGAGAACGACUCAAACUUCCACAACAAAAUAAGGUACAUAAAACAUUUUCCAACAAAUUGAUGAAAUGUUUUUAAACGAUUGUUGUGAUGACACACCGACUAAAUGUUAUCAGUGGAGCGGAAAACAAAAACCCGAACCAGCAAUAUACAGUAUAAUUUUGUUUUUAUUAGUUCGAACGCUACUGUAGUUUUCCCACAGAAGAAAAAUUAAUUUAGAAAUUGCGUGUGUUAGGUUGUUCGCAAGUUUUUCCCCCUCAAUUCUUACAUAAGGAUUUUCUUAGCAUUUAAUAUCCCUAUUAUUCUACAUAAUGGCAUACAGGUAUGUAUAGUAUCAAGCAAUAUACCUUAAUAAAAACUCCAAAAAAAACCUCGCAAACUCCUAUACCGUAAUCAAAGGCCUGCUAUAUAUGUAUAUAAUAUCAUGUUCUUCAACUUAAAGAUACCUUACGCAUUACCCAAAAUGUUUCAUACAAUUAAAUUUUAUUGUAGAUUACUGAUGGCAUUUUUCCUAUCAGAAGCAAGAGGGUUUGAUUUUGAAGGAAUAAAGAAAUUCAAGAAUUUAACUCUACAUGAACCACAGCAACUUGAUUCAAGCUCAUGUGGUGUUUUUGUAUGCAUGGUACAGUAUAAUUAUACUUCAUAAUAAUAAUUACCAGGAGCUUAUGUUUUCAUCCGUGUUUGUGUGUGUGUGUCUCAGUCACCACAAUAAAUUACAAAAAAUAUCACACAUAUUGAUACAAAAAUGUUUGGGAAUUUGCCCCAGGACAAAUUGAUUAAAUUUUGGUUAAAUUUGGAUGAAAUGUGGAUGAGAAAUUAGCAAAUGUUUGUCUUGAGUGCCCUCUACUUAUUAUUAUCACUAGUUAUAAUUAUUAUUAAUGCAAGUUUUAAAAUUUAAUUGGAAUAUUAUAUGAUAGUUUGAGGUAGAUCAUUUAUCCAUUACUGUACUCUGCAUAAAUUAUGUUUGAAUGAUUAUUUGGUAUAGGCUGCCGAUUUUAUGAUGAAAGGGUUGCCAAUAAACUUUACUCAGGUAUUAAUGAUGUCAUAUAUUUAUAACAUGUUGGAGUAUUAUUUAGGGUCACUGACAGUUCUUUGGUUUGAGUGUUAUGCAUGCACUGCACUUACUUUUGGUGCCUGACUUGCACCAAUAUAUCAACUAUAGACUCGACUUGACUUUGUAAUAUGUUUAUAAAACUAGGAAUACCCACCAAAGUUAAGUUGAGUCACCAUGCCUGCUGUUUUUCACAUUUAGUUUGAAAUAUAGAAUUUAAAGGUGGUAAACUUUGCACUAUCAAACAAUUUUGCAGUACAUAUUCUUUAUUUACUUAGUAUCAUAUAAUGAUGAUUAAUUGUGUGUUUUAAUUGCACGGCAGGAUGAAAUACCGAUUUUAAGAAAAUACAUGGCCAUGCAACUUGCAAAUACUCAAAAAAUUAUUGAAUUACCAAAAAGGUUAGUCACAUCACUCUACCUUCUGCAAGGAAUAUAAUUGCCAGAUCAUGCAUUCUGUCGAUUAUAUCAUAACAGACCUACAAGUAUGACUGGCAAUUAUAAUUCCUUAUGCAGUCUACAAUUCAUUCAUCAAAAAUGAUUUAUUUAGAUUCUUUCAAGUCUUAUACACAAAUGUAUUUUAUAAUUUAAUGAGCACCAAUUAAAAAAUAGCCAGAUUGCAGGGAAGUUAAUUAAUGAUCUGAUUUACUUACAUUGCUGAAAUCAAACCAUGUAAUUAUUGUAGCCAUCACAUGUAAUAAUUAAAUAGUUUAGUAAUGGCCUCAUCAAUAAUAGGAAAAAAUCCCCUAAAGUGAAAGUCACAAACAUGACAACGUGGAUACAUAAUAUUAUGUAUGUAUGUAUACGUACAGUAUGUAUGCAGACGUUCAUAAUAUUAUGUAUAUAUUAUGUAUGUAUGCAGACGUUCUCUUUCAGGUCUAUUUAAUUAAAUGCUGAAAUUUAUGGAUAUAUGAGAUAAUUUCAAUUGAUAUUGGGAUGUAUUAUAAUCAGUUGAUUGGUUGUACUUACAGCCUUGCAAAGAAAAAAUGCAGUAAACAUGACCAUGACUACUAUACACUCGAAACAUCAAACGUUGGACACAUCCAAUCACUUCCAGAUGAAAUCCUAGAGAUGAUUCUGAAAGAAGUUCUAAAAGAAGGAGAUAAAGAAUACUGCACACUUAGUUUAGUUUGUAAGCAAUUUAAAGAUAUAGUAACAAGACCAUAUUUUCAACAAGAUGUGCACUAUACAUGGCUAAAUAGUGUGCAUGAUUGGACAAAUUCAAUGGACAAAGAGUUUAAACAAGAAUGUUUUAAGAUGUUUGAUAUUAAAAGGUGCUUUACAUGUAACACCAUGUAUAAAGAAAUGCUUGGCUUCAUUGGAAAGGGAAAAUUUGGUGAAUGCCACAAAUAUUAUGCUGAUCUUGAUUUUCCAGGAUACUGCUGUAAGGCGUGCUUCCCAGAAUAG